AAACUUGGUUUCAGUCUCGCUCAAUAUGCAAGAUCAAAAAUCUGCGAUUCAUACCCCAACCCGGACGUGAACGCACGCAAUGCACGCGGUCACGUUGCCGUUGUAAAGCUCGUGGACCUCACAAGCGACAUUACUUUUCGCAUUUCCGCCAAAGCAUAAAUACAUUUCAGAUUAAAUGUCACUUAAGGACGUUAACUUUCAUUUAAGGUUGUAACCACCCUGGUCAAAUAAACCAUUUUAUUUUUGACUUGUUUCUUUGUUUUCAUCUAAUAUGACUUUAAUUUUUAACACAAUCAUAGCAUUUCAGUUUGAAGUGUGCCUAAUCUUUACUUAAAGUUGUGAUGUUCUAAGAAAAAAAAAAACGUGGUUUUAAGUCUCCAGCAAUUUUAGAGAUAAGAUUAAUCAAGCACGGGAAUACAUUCAGAUCACUGCAGAUGUUUUCCCCUUACAACUCAAGUUUUUUUUCUGUAUAUUAAAUUAAACACCAUCAUGCUGUGAUAUGGAAGCCAAGCAAUGACAUUUCGUUGCAGAGAGAAACCAGAGCUAAGUUUUAUUCUGUGCACUGACAAAUAAAGAGAGUCUAAGUGUCUCCAGAGAGAGUCAAAUUCCUACCACAGCUGCAAAGUUACUGUUGAAUGCCAUGGGGCAACUCAGCCAACACUUUGUUCUUGUGUUGUAAAUUUUUCAACCAGCAUGGCUGACAUUUCUGCUGUUAACUAUGGUUGACUAUGGUUUAUGGCCCAUGCAGAAUGUGAUCGAUUAAGACUCUAAUACAAAAAAAACAACAACAAAACAACACCUCCCGGAGGACGAUGACGAAAGACAAUGUCGAAAAAAUGUAAUGUUUUAUGUUUUAUAACUGAAAAACCAGGAAGUCACACACCACAUUAAUCAGUUAGUAUUGUCGCUUUGUCAGCAGAAACUAUUCUGUUUGGUGUUUUUAAUGAGGAUAGGAACUUGGAUUUUGUUUUAAAUGCUUUGUUGCAUUUGGGGAAGUUCUUCAUUCACAAGUGUCGAUAUUUUAAAAGAAGACCAUGCCUACCUCACUGGAAGAAUGAGCUGCAACUUUUUUGUAAAUCCUUAAAACUUGUUACAGACAAGAAAGCCCUACACCUAUUUUCUUCACUAGAAAUGUUCCAAUCGAUAUGGAAGGGCCUCUUACAUUGAAAUUGUGUUUUUUUUUCCCUUUUUGAUGUUAUUCAUGCUCAAUCUAAGGCAAAUAUUCUGUAAUUUUCUUUUAUGAUAAAUAAGUGGCUCGUUUGUUUGUUUGUUUAUGAUUCAGUUUUUUUUUUAAAACUUAGUAUUGUCCUCGAUUUAAAACGAAGGCUUUUAAUGUGAAGUCUCAGAUUUGCCAACCACCGGAAGUGCUUCUCGUUAUUCCUCGAGCUCGUGCUUCCACUACAACCGACCGCGCGCUGGCUCGGCUAGCAGGCGAGGAAGAGGCUCGAGACAGAAAUGGCGGUGACGGCAAGGCGAGCAGCAUGAAGUGCUGAUGCAUUACAUGGAGCAAAAACUAACGACUGCCAGGAAAGCGUUGGGAAAAUGACAACGACGUCGGAGUAGGACAGCGUUUACAACUGUCAUCUCAAACCUACAACACCUUCCCGGGAGAGUUUUCAUCUUGUCAGCGGAGGAGAAGAGAAAAUCUCACCGGGAGCAUGGCUUCUUACAGCAACCAGGUAGCUAAGCUAGCUGGCUAACGUUAGCCUGCAUAACAACUCCUACUGCACGCGCUGUAACCUUACUAAGAGGCUCGUUACCACAUAUCUGUCGCUCAACUCAGUAACGCAAAACUGAGCCAUAAAUAGUAACAAUUCGGUCAGAUUGUAUGAGUGUAUUUGCAACAUCUGCUUAGUCGUGUCAUUGAAAAUGUAAGUGCUGAAAAGUGCUUGCUAAUGCCCCCCUUAAGCCCCAUUGAAACAGAACCAGCAUGGUAGCUAACAGGCCCGACGUCCCUCCAUUCAAAUAAGACAGCUGUACUAUUUUAUACGUUUGCCCGUGAUAUGACAACAGCUUCGCGCAUAAUGACAUGAGAGCGUGCUUAAUCUUGUGUUUCUGUCACUUUGGUGUGUUAUGCCACACGUGUCAUGUGUUAUUUCCUGGAGAAAAGAGUCAGAGAAAAGUGCUGCGUGUAUGCAUGGCCCACCUGCUCUGAGCUGCGACAGGCCUCCUCCUCCUCCUUCAAGCACACAUUUUCACAUCUGCUAUUAACUACACUUUGGACUUGCCCCUGUGAAGUUAACAGGCGUAAUAAUUGUUGUUCGGCGUGUUUUGCAUGUAACGACACGCUGUUUUCCAACAUUUGCAAGCCAGGUUGUCACAAUUUUGUGCUGUUCACUUAGCUUUUAGCAGGCUAACAGCAUCAUGCAGGUAGUGUAGUUAUACUUUGCAGUCAUUUCGCUAGCUGGUUAGCCAAACACAAAUGCGACAGUGAGGGCCCUUUUUGAUAACUUAGACAUAUUUAACUAUAAUUACACAACAGGAACUAUGGCUCUGCUGGUCUGGAAAGCAGUCACGUCUCCAGUCUCCGUGUGACUUGGAUUGUAUGUAACUUAUAAACUUUGUGGUUAAAUUUCUAAAGAAGUUAGCUAUCAUGUGGUGAGGCCCAUUUCAGCUCUAGGUGUGCAUGCAAAGGCAUGCCUGAUUUGAAGUUUUUACAAAAGUCGAUUAAUAAAAGUUUAACCUCAGAAAAAUACUAUUAGUUAAAGUAAAUUUAAAACAGCUGGGAAUAUCCCAUGCUUUUUGUCCGAUACUGAUAACUUAGUUGACCUAAGGGUGCAAACGACCCUUGAAAGGGAAACCUAGCUGAAAACUUGAGUCUGCAUGCUUCAGACUUCUUCCUGGCCUUGACACUCACUGUUUCUAUUGGCUCUCUGAUAAGCACUGUGAAAGAGUGAGAGGGGGAGGAGUACCCCUCUUGACUUUUUUUAUGCAAUAUGUUAAGUUUUAUUAUGACCGGUACAGGAAUGACUGGCAAAAAAUGCACCUUGUGAACUUUAAUCAUCAUAGUAUGUUGGAGUAUUGACUGCUAUACUCUCAAAUAAAACACAGCAACAAAACUGUUUGAAAGAAGCCAAAAUCCUGUGUUGGAAAAAAAAAUGUUUUGAAAAACCUUCAACCAUAAAAUUUUCUGUUUCCACAACGUAUUGGAGAAAUGAAGUGUCAAUUAACACUGAAAAAUGACGAAUAUCUAAGAGGAUGGAUCAGCAUAAAAAAAUACAAGAAUAGAAAAAAAACUCAAAGGGGAAAGAAAGUGGAUGAACAGGUGUGGCAGGUAAAUAAUUUAGAGUUGGAACAAGACACACCAGCAGCCAAAGGAUCUCACUUCUGAGAAUGAACUUUGCAAAACAGGUAAAUCUUGAAGUACUCUUAAUUACUGUUCUCCAUCUGCAUCCUUUAACUGGGAAAAAAAUAUUGUAGAUGGCAGGUACAGUUAGAGAGUUUCAUGUUCAAUUUAUGGCCUUUUAUUGACUUAUACAUUGUCCUGCAGAAGCACCACCAAAAACGUGUUGGUUAAUACCAGAGAUAUUUGUGAAUUCACUGGAUAGAUUUGGCCACAUUAUACAGAUAGUUUUGAGUUUUUUUUUUUUUUUUUUUUAAAUAGAGAAAAAGUUUUUGGCAGUGACCCCCCCCAACAAAAGUGCAAUAAUAAAUGAGGAGUUACUCAACAUUGCCCCUCAAGAACACAGGUGCUGCAGAAGCUAAAGAAAGAAAAUACAAAGAGUAUACAUAAACUUUAGCUUGAGAAGAAAUGAUUUGUCUGUUAAGGCUCUCUGAUAAACUAUGGUUGUUGACUUUAGGGCCCUCUGUGGACAAAGCGGCACCUCCCCCCUCUGUAACCUUUUCAGUUAAAAAAAAUCUCACCCCACAUUAUUGUCACACUAAAAUGUGUCACUCAUUGGAAAUCUCUUGAAGUCUUUUCAAAGACUUCUCCAUUAUCAUAUAAUUAUCAGAACAACCCCAGUAGUGGUGUUAGACAUUAAAAACAUCUACAGACACUCUCGUUGUUGAUAGUCUUGUUUGCUCUUGUAGGUUAUGACGAGGCAUCAGUAUUCAGUAUGAUUCAAACGCAGAUUAAAAAACUCCUCACAGGAGUUUUAAAUAGGUGCUGUUUAUCAGUAAUUUGUGGUAAGCCCAUGUAUAGAUAGGUGAAAGUGUGGAUAUAAUUUACUGAAGUGGUCUGCAUUUUAUUUUAAAAAAUUAACCCAUCUUCAGUCAGGUUUAUCAUUCGGUUCAGACAUUUAGACAUAGUAGCAUUUGAUUUCCAAGUAGCUGCAAUCUGUUCAGACUUUCAGCCCAUUUGUCUUCCAAACACCAUCAGAUAAGAGACUGGGCCUUUCAUUGGACUCAUGUUCAAAUACUGAAAAUCGAAACAGUAGUUAGUUUCUGUCAUCAGAGUUAGGACCAAGCUUCCUCCUCCUGUAUUAACAUUUUUGUCUGCCUGACAAAAAUCACCCCUCAAGAUAUUAAAAUCUUGUAAUGGGGAAGUUUCAUAAUAAACCACAUGGUCUGUGCUCGUUAUAUUACAGAAGAAGUUGCCCCGUUGAUUUGUUUGACUUUUGCAACCUCAAAGUGUUAUUGCAACACUCUUGAACUUAGUCUUUAAGUUAAGCCUAGUAUUUAAGCAAAGCAUAGAUCUGUUAGUGGGCUAGUAAUCCUCACCACUCCCUGAGGGAAAACAAAUCAGACUAUCGUUCAAGUUCAAAAGUUGUUUUUCUUGUUAUCUUAGUCAUGGCAGAUUCUUAUCGGAUUAAUAUAUGCCAGAAGUGUGGAAGUAAUUAAAAAAAACAUGGCCUCUGUCUGGUCCCGCUAAUUCUUAUUGGGUCUAAACUGCAGUGUCACAGCAGGUAAUGGCUUGUCUAGAUUUAACCUCACAGACAUGUUGGGUUUUCCAGCAUGCAUUAUCAACAAGACUUAAAGAAAUCCUAAAAGUUUACUUAGGGAAGCCUCGGUUGAACUGUCAGUUCACAGUCAAAAGUAACAAACUUUGAAGUAAAAAGAGGUGAAGCAGCAACCAUCAGUUAUUCUCUCAAAGUAAAUGAUUUCCAGUUAUUCUUUCAGUGGAUCAUUAGAGUAAAUAUAAAGGGACAAUUUGCAGAAUUUAAGGCCUACAGUCGCUGUAUUUAAAAGUUUGCGUGUACAAAAAGUUUUUCUUGGUGACGAAAUUUUAAGAAAACUCUGAGAAUUAUAUAUUCUUCAAAUUUCUCUAAAAGUUCAGACUAGAUCAUUGUCAAAGAUAAAAGUUUUUCUUGGUGACGAAAUUUUAAGAAAACUCUGAGAAUCAUAUAUUCUUAAAUUUUCUCUAAAAGUUCAGACUAGAUCAUUGUCAAAGAUAAAAGUUUUUCACAAAAUAAGAGAGCCCCUAAGGGGAAAAUCAUUCAGAGUAAUGCAGAGGACUUCUUGGGCUCUGAAGAGUUUCCCAAGCUGUAGAAAAUAAUAAAAAGACAGUGAAAUUGGACAAAUGUCUUUCGAACACCAAAAGACUGAGUUAAUUAAAUCCUUUAGAUUAAAUUGUGCCAUGAUUGUGCUUUCCUGCUCGUCCACAAGCCAAGGUAACAACGCAAUAUCACCAGAAAGGAAGUGAUCACAAAAUAUUUAGCAACUGGAGAAAAGGGAGCUGUUUCACUGAUGAAAAGCCUGUUAUAAACGACUUCACAAAACUAAGAAAGAACAGAACAACAUCAAAAUUAAACACUUAAGAAAAUGAUUAAAAUAAUUGUACCAGCAGCUUAAUUUUUAACAUGAGAUUUCCCACUUGGGUCGGCGCAUUGAAGAGGACAGAAAAACUGAAGUCUGUCUCUGAUUAAUGUUCUUAUAUGCUUGUUUUUAAUAAAAUUAUGUUCUUAUUUACUUUUUUUCUCCAUUUGUAGAGAACUAAUCACAGCUUUUAAAAGAAUGAGUUAUUUCCUCUCCCCAGUCAACCAAGCCUCCUCCCCGGGAUCGAAGUAUUUCUCGCUUACUUGCUCAGAGGUGCUCUGCAAGUGUUUUUAAGUCAGUCUAAGGUUUGGACUUGUUACUUAUAGUUUUGAGGCCCCGUUAGGAACUCUGAGGGGUUCCCAGAAUGUUUGUAAAAACUGGCACAGUUGUCUUGUUGCGACUGCUUUGCAGAACAAAAUCCAAAGAUAUUCAGCCUGUUGUCAGCAGAGAGGAAAACAAUGGAGCUGGACGCAGGAUUAUCAGAGUAAUUGGUUUUUAGUUCCUGGAAUGGUUGCAUCCGUCAAUGAACUUUUUAGAGAGUAGAUUAAAUUUUACCAACACAUUUCAUUGUAACACAAACUGCAGAUCAAGCCUGACAUUGAAACGGAAAGGAAUUAUUACAAUGUGUGUACGCUUACAUGUGUUGCUGGACACUGUAGUGGAUGAUAACUUUUGCAAGGUUUUCAUAAUGUAGUCUGUGUGUACUGUAGUUAUUUGUAGUUACAUGUGUGUGAAUAUCUCAAGGAUGAUAUCAUUUGGUGAGAGAAUAAAUUAUACUUUUAUCUUCCAAGCUUGCAGCUAUUUGAAUGCAGCUUACCGCUCGCCGUAUAACCAUCAACAUAGCUUUUUUUUUUACUGACUCCUUGCAUUUUUUUCUCUGGCCCAAAUGCCAUAAAAUGAAAACAUUUAAUUUCCUGCAUGUUACAUGCUUUAGUAUCUAUUUCACUUUAUACAGUAAAAACAUUUAAUGAAUGCAAAGAGAUCUUUUUUGAGGACAGAUCUAUGUAAUUGACAUUUCUGUCGAACAGUCCCCUGGAGUAAUAGAGUAUGUCAUUUUCUAAGUUCCUAAAGUCUACUUGUGUCAUCUUCCUAGUUCAUAAUCCAGAUCAUGUGGCUCAGCAAGAACGGACUCUUUUCAGCUCUCAAAGGGUGCUUCAUAAUAUUUUAAAGGCUGUUCCUGAGCUCAGCGCUGAUGUCUGUUGCCACAGUGCUGAACCCCUUUAGUAAAGUCAGGUAAUGUAGAAAUGACAACGCCAGAAAGAACGGACCGAUUGGUAAUUGUUUCUUAAUUAAUGUCCAUGCUUAAAGUCGAUAUUCAAUGAUUUACAGAUGAAUGGAGGUGUGCUCAGCUCUGUCAGCAAGCUACUCUUGACAUGUCACCCCUCUUCCUUUGUGUAUUUCAGCAAAUAACAGUGCAGGUCAUCAGUCAUGUGUCUUGAUAACACUGAACUCUUAAAAAUGUUUUUCUUAGACUCCGGUUGGCAGUCAAACAAGAAAAACAUUCUAACCGGCAGUCACCGGUCAGAGUGGGCUAGUGAUGAGCCAGUGGACUAACCCGGCAUUAUCUUAGACUGCCUGGGCCAUGAGGCCAUGGGUUAUGUUGGACUCUGCCAUAUGGAUAAACCAACAUGUUGUCCUGUUGUUGGGUUGCUGAGCUGCAGCGCUGUUCUUUUAGUGUCCUUUUUUGAUGAAAUAGAUACCAAUGAUUCCUCUUUUCCAGUAUCACGUUUAUUUUUAUACCUUCUUCAUGGUAAUAAAUCACCCUGUUGCUUAAUCACACCAACAUGCAGGCAUGGGCAUGCAACAGAGGCUCAUCAAAACUCGCCUGACCUUAUUUAUAGUGGCACUGCAGCAUUUUCUUGCUUAGUCAAGUGGCCUGCAAAAACCUGCAAGCCCGUUAAAGAGAAGCAUUGAAGGUCUGCCUGUUUCCCCCUAUUAUGAUAGGAGCACAAAAACCGUUUGAGCAGCUGUGAGUUUUCUGGUGAUUGUUCAGUCAGUCAGUCAGUGCAGGAAAAUAAGUUUGUACAACAACUGUUAGUGCUGUCUGUCUACUUGUGAAACAGGAAGUGAUACAACCCUUUCUGGAGUGGGUUAUUACAGGGGAAAAAUGUAAACUGGAGACAUUAAAGACAAAGACGAAUAUAAAAUAGUCUUUUCAGAAAUGCAUUCAUAUAGGUAUAGUUGUAAUUGACCAGAAACAGUUGUGCACGGUAUCUUUGAACUCGGAGCUAAUGAGGCAUCGUCACUCUGGGACAGUCAAUAGUGGUAAAGCUGGUUUAUUUUUACUCAUAUCAUAUUGGCAUACUUUUCCACCACUGGUCUGUGCUGUUAGACCCUUUCCAUGGCCCAGAUGUGUGUGUCUGUGUGCACGCGAACAAGUUUGUAAUGUCGUCACUAACCGUGUUGAAAUCAUACAGAUGGCUAAUUUGUGGUAAUCCUCCGUCCAAACCAACAGCAAGGGCAGCUUAGUGAGGUACGUGUGGCACGCCUGCAGAAAGAAGCAAAGGGACAUUCUUUCUGUUGUGAUUGUAUUAGCCAUCCCAAGGCCGUCGGAUUAUGGCUGCCUGUUUGUCGCUUGUAGUGCCAUUUCAGCAAUGUGGACCCUCGCGUGGGGCCUCAUUUGCAAAGAGUUACAUAUGCUUGAGUUGCACUUUCUUUUCUGUGUGCCUCCCCUUUCACGUCGCACUGAGAGGAUUAACGGCGUGGCCAGUGAGUUCAUUUCACUUUCUCUCAAUUGCUAUGCAUUUUUUUUCCAGCACAUGUGGACACUUAGAUGGCGCAAUAUAGUGUUUCCCCCAAACAAGUUUGUGUCAGAGAGGAGUCUAGUAAAAUAGAGUUAACGGAGUACAUGAUGAAUAAUGAUGACGUGUAUUAUCUAAUUACAGAUGGAGGGAGAGAUGUGGCACCCAGUUGGUCAGUGGGUCACUUGUUGAAAUUCAGUCCUUCUGUCAGAGUGCGAAAGCCUUUUUAUUGGCUUCUUGGUAAAACUAUAAUUCUGUUGGUUGAUGUUAACCAACCUAUGACAGUCUCACGUCUAAAGCCGCCCAUUUCAGCUCAAUCUUUAUCUAUUUAUUAAAAACCACAUGUGCUGCAGUGAAUAGGUUUUCACAUGUUCAGCUCCUUCUACUCUCCACUGCAACAGAUAUGAUCACAGCGAACCAUGGUUUGAGUUCACAGCCCAAUACGUAUCUCAGGUAAAAACCAAUGAAUACUCAGUUGCUUUUGAGGUAAGUUGUUGUCUGUCAGUGUUGAAACUGUGACAGUGUUCAUUUUAAUCCACCUUUAUUAAAAUGUUUAAUUUAAUAAUUACCUAACCCUGGAAUACUAGCAGGGAUUUGCCUAGCCAAUGGAGGUAGAUGUGCUGAAGAGCCAUGAUUUAGCUUAAUUUGGGGAUAUUACUUAGACCAAAUAUUUGAAUUAGUCAGGCUUCAAUAAACGUUCAUUAAUCUCUGACCAACUACCCAUCAUGGUGGGGCAACAGUGCCUGUGUGUGUGUGUGUGUGUGUGUGUGUGUGUGUGUGUGUGUGUGUGUGUGUGUGUGUGUGUGUGUGUGUGUGUGUGUGUGUGUGUGUGUGUGUGAUUAAGACAUCAGAUUUUUUUAUGACUUGUUUAGUUUGUACAGUAAAUCUAGACUUUUGCCCCCCUCAAAUCAAGAUAUUGGUUUUAUCAGUUUUGUGCACCCUUCACCCACAGAAGAAGAUCAUCCCAGGUAUAGGGGGACCUACUUUGUCCUUAAAGGGUGUUAAAACCGACGCAUGUUGCAAGCUCUUUACAGGAGCUGUAAAACAAACAGAACAAUCAGUAUUAUAUUGUAGGUGUGUUGAAUGAGUCACAAUUUUAAUUCAUCCAUCCUGUUUAAUAUAAGAGACGUUCCACUUAAAAGUUUGCCAGAAACCAGUGGGUAUCCACAGGACAGAGUGAGGUAAAAGGCCUUUUGGUCUUAAAACAAUAACUAUGACCUGCAGAACUCAGAAUGGAUCCAUACUACUUUAGCACAAGUGUAUAUUAUUCUCAAUAAGGUAGUAAAAGGGCUCUUAAAGUCACUUAAACAUUUUUUUCAACUUGUCAGUUAAAGUGGUUCAUUUACGUAACCAUUACAUGCAAGAAACUUGGAGGAUACUCCGGUUUUGAAUGUUAAAACAUAUACUGCAUAUAAUCUAAAAUCCCUGAUUGAUGCUAUUUUCCCUUAUUGAUUAAAUGUUUGGUUUUCUUUUACUGCUUUAAAAAUGCAAACCUCUCUGCUGUUUUAACAAAGCUUUAACUGGAUUAAUAGUCUGAGUGUAAUGAAAGGUACGAGCACAGCAAUGAUCAGCAUGUUGGCUCUCUACAGGUUAAACUAUACUGGGCAGCAGGAGGGAUGGGAGGAUUGUGCUGGCUCUCUGUGGAAACAAAAUGUAAACAAUGAUGAAUUUUUUUUUCUGUUGUAACGCCAUCUGAAAAAAUAUGUGAAGGCAAAACUUUGUAUUACUAAUGUUAAACGUUACUGUUGCGAACGUCACGUGAUUAACACUAACAUUAAGGUCACUUUCACAGGCUUGAGCAAAAUAUUCUUUAAACUUAUUAUUGCUUAGGUACCUUUCUCUUCUAUUAUUAUGGUCUGUAAAUGUGAGCAAAUAUAAACUUCAUGUUUAUAUGGAUCCAGUCAGACCAUUUGAUUUACAUUUGAAACAUCUGAAAAUAAAGUGAUUAUUCUGAAGGCGUUGUGGCUUUUGUUUUGGCGUGACGGUGCAGGGUUUUUGCAUUUUCAUGUCACAGAAAACCCUGAAACUUCCCCUGGAGGGUUGGGCUGAAGACAUCACUUCAGCAGAAUGACAUUUAGGAAGGUUGUCAGUUCAGGAACAGCAUCUGUGGUCAGAUGGUUAUUAACCCUUGGGCCUUCCUGUGUACAUUUUUUGUACUUUCAGAUGGUUUUUCUGCUGUUGUUUUGGAAAGGAGGGCCUGAGGGCCACAGUCACAAUGUAAAAUAAGUGUAGAAUAAGAAUAAAUUUGGUCUUUGCCAUAACCCAGAGUCCAGAGCAGUCAUGGCAUGUAGCGGGACAAUGUAGAGGCUUAUUGGCAGCGCUGUUGUCACAUCAGCUGCCUGUUGUUAUAACAACUCCAGGAGGCAGUCAGUUGUGUGUUCAUGGCAUGGAGGCAUGUCAGGAUACUCCAGUUCCUGAGACUGCUGUGUGACUGGGUGAAAGGUUAUUAGUGGCAGCAGGUAAUAAAAGUAUAAAUAUAAGGAGUUUACAAAAUGACAAAUAUAAUACAGCACUGUCUGUAUAAUUAUCUGUUUUUACUGUAAUGUUGAGUCGUUUUCAAAGCAGUGUUUCAAGUUCAACAAGACACUUAUCUUUUAUCUAUGAAAUAUGUUUGUUUGCUGUGUGCCAUCAGCAACCAGUGGGGCUUUAUCACCAUGACUGGCUGACAAAUGAAAACAUGACAAUUCAGUCCUCCACACUUUUUGGUGAUAUCUGGAGUUAUUUUUGGCAGAAACUUUUGUCUUGGAAAAACCCCAAGUGCACAAGUCCAAUGUGGCCUCAGAGGUUAAGACUGAAUUUUUAGUUGCAUGUCUUCAAAGAGUUUAGAAAGUCACUUUUCUCACAGCUCCUUUGCCUUGAGCCUGCGUUGUUUUUUUUAUAUUACCUGUAUUAUCAACUCGUAAACCUCUUCUUAAAGUUAUCGUCCUGUGAUCAAACCUGAGCUGUUUGUGUUCGUGGUUUAUGUGUAACACAGCAUGACUCAUCACUUGGACUGAGCUUUACCUUUGAACAAGCUAGCAUUGCAGUGGCUGGCUAAUGACUGACUCUAGUAAUGGCCCUUCUACUCUGAUCUAUGAUGACUGUGGCCGCUGUGUCUCAAUUCUGGGCCAAACAAAAGAUACAGACACAAAACAACACAUACUUACAAGCACACAGGGGUAACUAUGUACAACAAACAAAGUGACAACAAAAAACAGAAAAAGACUUUACAGAUCAUUUCCACAAACUUCAUCUUAUUAUGGCAUAUUUUGUACGAAGGAGCAUGAGGGCCACAGUGAGAAUAUUUUGAAAGUUUUUUGUGGAGGCAGUUAUGGAUAUGCUUGUCGUAGCUCGACUCCCCCUGGAUCACAAAUGUUGAUUAUCAGUUGGAUUGUUUCUUCAGAAACCACAAAAUUCUCUGAAUGACCCGCUGAUAUAUCCACCGAUAACCCUGCAGUUGACCAGCUCCAGCCAUUUCCCUGUCAACAAAAGCACCUUUAUGACUUUAUUUACUUUAUGACUUUGUUUUUGUAAGUUUACACCUUUCAUGUCUAGGUUUUUCAAAAAUUAAUUCUCGGUGACCCUUAAAGUCCUCAGUAGUUUUGGUAGCUUUCUCAUUUCUAAUGUUUUUGAUUGUGGUAGCAGAGCGGAUCAGUUCUUAUCUAAAGAGUAUAAUGUUUGGUUUGCGGAUGCAAAUUUUAGUGAGUUAAGAAGGCAUGCGCUUAUAGAGCCUGAGCUGACUGUCUUGUGUUUUUGGAUUUUCUUUAUUUUCUUUGAAGAGGGGCUGCGUCUCCAAGUGAGUCUGGCGUCUCACCCAAAAUGCGCAGCUGUGCAGCGGCAUGCAAAGAAUUCUGGGGAUUUCAAGGCCACGGAGUGUGCAUUUUAAGCGCGCUCAGAAUCGUGAGCCAAAUGGGACACCCUUAGCGCCAUGUGAUGACAUCACACUCACUUAAAAUCCGCACUUCAAGUGUGCAGACCCUGCAUUGAGACACAGCCUGUGUCUGCUGAUACAGUUAAAAUAAUGAAGGAAGGCCCCGGCCCCACUGUAAUGUUUGACUUAUCAAAUUUAUGUCUUAAUGUCCUCCAGAGUUUUAUGACCCCAAGUAGUUUUUCAGACCGUUCACCAAUAUCUUUAUUUUUCAUAAAUAUUUCAGAUGAAUACUGGAUCUAUGUUACUGUUUGAUCGUUGCUAACUGCUGUCCGUGUUUUUUGUCUCUCCACAGUACAUCUUCGGGGAGUUCAGCCCUGAUGAGAUCAAUCAGUUCUUUGUAACCCCGAGGUGUUAUGUCGAGGUGAGCAGCUGUGGAACCAUUUAUUUAAAUACAAAUGAAUUUUCGCAUUUCAUGUUUGUUCAUAAAAGGUAACCGAUUACCUGGCUGCCUAAAGCAUGUUGCUCCAUUACAAACCCGUCAAAGCAACUUCACCUAGAUAUAAGUACUCUCUGACAUGUAAUUAAUUUGUUUGGUAUUAUUAUUUUAUUAUUAAGAAGUCUGUUCAACGUAUAUAACGUAUAAGAUAUUUAACUUAUAAAUGUAGUAUUUUAACUGUUACUAAUCUAUCCUGUUGCCAAUGUCAUGACAAAAAAUAGCUUGUUGUGUUUUACCAGUCUAUUUAAUGUCACAGUAUUUGACUAAAAAACAAGAUAACCCAAUCUUUAAAGAUAAUAUGUUAUCUUUAACUUAUGCUGAUUUUCCAUUUUUCUCACCUCACAGCUUCCCCCAUUCAACGACAAAGUCCCAUGUGUCAGUCAGUCUUCUGGUACGUACAUUUUCCAGAUUAUAUCCAACUUUUGUCCCCAAGUACCUCAAACACUACCUUAAUCUGACUGUCGCCAUGCUCUUAGAUGACAUCUCAGUAUUUUUGUUUUAAAGCAGGUCUUUAAAUUUAAACGUAAGUCCAGGCUGGGAGCUGACCUGAUAUACCCGACAGGAAGAUGCUUUUUAUUGUUAUACUUGUUUUUAUGUUAAUGCAUAAACUGAAUCACAUGUUCUACUAGAUAUUCACUUUUUGAACAGAAUAAAUCAGCCAUUGUGAUUGUUUUCAAUAUCAGGCAACCAAAUAAAAUAUUUCAUAACAGCCACCUGUCUUUGAAAUGGUACACAAUGCACAUGUUAUUUGCCUUACCUUGAUUUGUAUUGAUUAUUUAGGAAGUUACUGCACUCCUGCUGUACCUUUUAUAAUGGAGUCUAUGGGACUGCAGGUUUGCGGUGAGUUGAGGAGUCUGACAUCCUGUGGCUUGACCUAGCUAUUGUCCGUUUGCUGUAAAACUCCAAAUCCAGGUUUCAAAAACUGGUGGCUUUCUAAACCUUGCGCCUUACUUUUCUCUUGCCUGUGGGUCAAGUCUGUAGAGCUUUGCAUGCUCAAGAUACUGAAGAGUAUCUUAUCUUCUCUUGCAUAUAAUGCAUUUUCACCACUGCUGACCUUCAGAUAAAUGAAAUGGAAUUGGAUUUUCCCAUGAUCUAACAAUAACAGUAAUUUACUCAGGGCACAGGAAUGGUUUCAUGUGACGGCUAACAUAUUCUAGCCCUGCAUCCUAAAGGUUUUACUGCUGAAUGAAUCUUACAGCUGUAAUGUUUGAUUUCAGUCACACUAACAGAAGAUCUUCUAAUCCAGUAGAGGAAGUAACCUCUGUUUUCAUUCUCUCUUAACCGCUAAAGAUAUCCCACGUUACAGUUUUGGGUGAGCGGUCAGCUGUCUAAUGAUAAAAGUCUCUUAGAUGUAUUUUCUUGAUUUGCACUUACUAAUGUUUCCUGUUUAUUCACCUUUUUUACCUUGUUUCUCACUGCUCAGUUACUUUUGUAAGCAACACUUGUUAACUAAACAGUGAGGAAAUCUGCUGUUUGAUGAUGACAUGCAUUUGUGUAUGAAGUUUUUUGUUUUAAUUAGAAAAGGGUAAGUAUCAAAUAAUGCUUGUAAUAAUGCUUAAUAAGCACCUCUAAAAUAUUCCCAGAAGACACAUAAAGUGAAUGACAAAUAUAAUAUUCCUGAACAAUAUAAUCAAUUAAUGGUGAACAGUUUUCAAAGAGUUUGUGUAGUGUUAGUCAAGGCACAGUUUUUCUGAGUCUGGAUAUUUCAGGCUGUCUGCUUCAUGUAAAGAAAUGAAGUGAUUCAAAGACAGCCGACUAUCUAAUUGGAAGUUUUUAAUGCUGAAACCCUUUCUUCUGUAUUUGUAAGCACCGUUCCUCAAGUCCACAAAAGCCCAGAAGGAAUGUGGUCUAGUUGAGCAUAGACACAACAGUUGUUGUUGUUGGAGCCAAAAAUAGGCCCAGCGAGUUUUUUUUUCCCCUCUUCAUUUUAUUGGUGUUCCUGAAUCUGUCAGGGAGCUCCCACGACCCCCUUUGGGUGAUGGCCGACUUGCUCCAGAAAGAAAAAAAGUUUUUAUUUAACUCUGCAGCAGAAAGUUAAUCAUGAUUAUAUGUAUUGAAAGACAAAGUGUGUGUUUCUAAUUGUUUGAAUUGGUCUCCGCAGCAGAAGACUAUCAGCACAUUGAGUUUGGCGUUGAUGAGGUGAUGGACUCCAAGUCUGGCGGGGUGAACGAUCCUUUGUACAAGGUGUCGAGCACCCUCAACCCCCAGGCUCCUGAGUUCAUUUUGGGCUGCCAGUCAGCCCAGAAGGCCAACCAGGCAGUUCCUCCAGCAGCUGAUGACCCCGACGGAGCCCAUUUCAACUCGCUGGACGGCCCUGACUCAGAGGCCUCAGCUCUGGACAAUCAUCAGGCCUGCCAGGACAUAGAUGGACUCCCGGGCAGUUUGGGCCAGCGGGAGAGGAAGAAAAAGAAAAAGAGACCGCCUGGGUACUACAACUACCUGGACCCAUCAACUGGCAGCAGCAGCAACAACAGCAGCAGCGCAGCAGAUGGGACGCCUGGGACAGCACUGGUGAACGGACAUGCACUUGGUGGCCCACACCACAGUCCAGAAGAUGUGGACAGUAAGGUUUUGUCGGGGGCAGAACUUUCUGUCCCUGGACCUGUUUCAACGGUAACAUCGUCAGCUGCCGUGGCUGCAGGCACGUUUGCCCCUACAGCCACUGCCAAUCAGAGGACUUGUGAUAGCCCUGAUGACUCUUCUUUGGACUUAGCAGGUGGAGCAGCCUCUUUAUCAGAUGGCAACAAUGCAAAUUCUUCCUCCUCAUCCUCCUCUCAAAGCAGAGGGAUGAUGGAGGGACCAAGGACUGCAGAUCAGCAGCCAGAUCAUUUGGCUCCCGAGAGCCCCGAACUUUCAGAUACUCCACAAAGCCCCCGCUCUAAAUCACCUCUUCCUCCUCCAGCUGCUGUGGCUACCCCCUCUGUUGCCACAUCUAUUACGACUACUGAACUCGAGGGAGGGGAGAUAGCAGACAGUGCAGUGGCAAACGGGCUUGCAGAGCCUGAUACUCCUGUCAGUGCAGAUGAACAGAAAGAAGACUGUGAGAGUGGGGAGCAGGCUCAGCAGGUCUCCCUAGACUCUGCUGCUCAGUCAGCGGUGACUGAGCAGGUCCUUGCGCCUGCAAUUCCAGCUGCACCCACUGCCAACCUCCCCAAAUCUUGGGCCAGCCUCUUUCACAACUCCAAGCCUCUGCCUGGUGGCCCUCAGGCCUUUGUGGAGGUGAAAAAUGUUGUGGAAGUAGUGUCCCCCACCCUUGCAACGCCAGAGCAGCCUGAGAAAGUGGGGGAGGUCAAAGAUGGCCCUGUCCAUGUAUCAGAGGAUCCUAUGGCCCCUAAACUUGCAGGUAUUACAUGAUCAUUCAAAAUUUUUGAAAAGGUACUUUUGUACCAUGAGGUUAUAAUUAAAGUAUUUUGAUGCAGGCAAAAUUUGCAUUACUGCGCAUUCCACAAUCCCUCCACUAGGUGGCCAUAUUUAGUCAGAUCUUACGUUCAUACUCCUUUGACUGCUGUGUGAGGUGAAGCUUUUAAACAAGUAUGAAAGUAAUUAGUGACUCAACUCUAUAUUUGAUCAUUGUCUUUAUGUAACUAUUUAACAUCAGCAGCACUCGCGGUUCUGUUUAUGAGGUUUACCUGCAUUGUGCUGUUUCAUCGCACAGCACUUCCCUUCAUUAAGAAACUUCUCAUUUUGGUUGACAAAGAAGUAGUUGUACAUGGUGUUUAUUACUGGGGUUGAAAGGAUGUUGUACUGUAAUCCCUUUCAUUAAGGUACGAUUUCAAAUAUUAAUACUGUCGUUCAUGUUAAAUUAAAUGGAUGAACCUAAAGAAACACCUUUUUAAUGAAAGAUAGCUCAGUUAAGCAACACAACAAACUGUGACCUCUAUGAUAGUGACGAAGUAAUGGAGCCUAAUUAGAUUGUCUCUGACAUUGUUAAGCAAGACUGAGCAUUGUUUUUGUAAGUAAUUAAUUUUUUUGGGGGGUGUUUAUAUUUAAUUACAAAAAAUUGUUAAUCACAUGAAGAGAAUAGUCAUAGGGAUUUAUCUUUGAAGUUUGAUCUUUCAAAUUUUCAGUUAUGUCUUGUCAUAGGGGACGUAAGUAUGUUGCUUUUCAAUCAAGAAAUGAACACUGGGUGGAGGUAGUGCAUCAAAAACAGCUCAUACAAGUCAUUGCCCCAAAACAUAAGAAACACAGGAGCACUUUGGCAAACUUACAUUUUAGCUAAAGGAUGUUCUCAAAGAACUGUUGUUUGUGUUUUUUUACUACAGACUUGUCAGAAAUUUAGCUCUUUGAUUUUCCCUCAUUAAGUUUUCUGCUUGAAAAUAGACACUCUGGAUGUUAAGAGCAUAUUUUUACUUAGUCUUUCGAUGACAAAUAGACGUUAAAGUAGUAAUUCAGGAUGCAGUUUUAAUUUGAUUUCUUGACUGUUUUCAUUCAAUUAUCUUUCCAGGAAAAGACUAAAUGAACAACAUGUAUAUUUAACAUAUUUUUCAUUCAACUGAUGUGAUGAUGUUUUAUUUUUAUAAUGUUGUUUUUGUUUUCUGUGUUGAGAAAGAUGAAACGGGGAAGAAGGAAAGUGUAUGACCUUAGUGAGGUCAUUAAUCCACUAUUGGCUGAUGGAAAUUUGUCCUUAAUGCCUCUGUACCAGUUUUUAUUGGAUAGUGUUUAGUCUACUCCAUUAUGAGGUGCCAUGUGAAUCGGAGAGAAACUUACUUUGAAAAGAAGAGACAGAGCUGCAUACCAGAUGUGUGACAAGUUUAUAAAGUGAAUUGGUUCAUAAGUGAAAAAGAACAAAACAGCAUAAAAGCCCAAAGCAGCAACAUUAAACAGACAGGACCAGUUUUUCCACUUCUUUUUUGGUCAUAAGAAUUUUGUUUUCAUUGUAUGUAUAUAAUGUGUUGUACUUUUUCAGUUUUAUAAGAUUUUUUUUUUUCCAAUCCCCAGAACUUAUUGAGAAUGUGAAGUUGAUACAUAAACCAGUGUCUUUGCAGCCAAGAGGACUGAUCAACAAGGGAAACUGGUGCUAUAUCAACGCUGUAUCCUUGAAUUCUGCUUUUGGUACUUUGACAAAAAAAGUCCUUUAACACUGUUUAAUGUUUGGCCAUGUGUCGCUUUACAAGUUUGCCAAGAGCUGACUGCCACAAAGAUGCCAUAUCUCAUUAAGCUAUUUUUCAUGUGUUAUGAGACCUUUUGAUGUCUUUGAAUAUUUCCUACAAAUGUCAUUUGAAUUUGAAGUUGGAAUCAUUUAUGGCCUGUAUGUUUAUUUUUAGAUUUAUAGAAACCUUGCCCCUCCAUAUAUUUCUAUUGAAAUAUCUCAGAUUUAAUUAGGCACCAUAUGGCAGAAGUUACUGACUCAUACGUGUCAAACUGAAAAUGUUUAUGCGAGAACAUUUUCCCUUUUAUUUCCGUUUUCUUCUCUGACUCUAAACACUCAGACCCUACAGGCCCUGAUUGCGUGUCCCCCCAUGUAUCACCUGAUGAAGUCCAUUCCUCUGCAUAAUGAAACACAGAGACCAUGUACCUCCACACCCAUGAUAGACAAUUUGUAAGUCAGAAGAAGUCAGAUUGCUAACAAAAAACAAAAGCAGAAAGCUUUCAAAGAGCUCACCUCUGUUUUUAUCUGUCUGACAGUGUAAGGCUGGUGAAUGAGUUCAACAACAUGCCUGUGCCAUCUAAAGCCAAACAGCAAGGUGAGGUAUCAUGCAGCUUGUCCAGAGACAUUUGGUUUCAUUUUUAGGAAAGUCCUACCAGAUUGUAUGAUGUGUAACUGUGUCCACAGCUGUUGGUGAUAAAGUCAUGAAAGACAUUCGGCCUGGAGUACCUUUUGAACCGACCUACAUUUACAGACUCCUCACUCUUAUCAAAUCAAGCCUCUCUGAGAAGGUAAGCAACGUUGACACAGAAGGUGUUUUUAAUGACUAACUCUUCAAAUACACUUCCUCUGGAACAAACAGUGUGUGGAGAAAAUGUUCUGUUACUCCACGUUUUUCGAUCAGGAUUUCAAAACUCAUCUCAUUAGAGGAAGAUCAGGCUUUACAUGUGCUGUGUCAAUUCUGAGUCACUUUGAAUGAAGGAAAUCACCUGAAAAACGCUGAAUGCUACGUCUCAAUUUAAUUAGGCUCGUGUUCAUCCUGUCUCAACUUAGAAACACAACUACUGGUCCGUUUGCAUGAUUGAAAGGCUGCGUGUGCACUUAGAUUUGUACACACUCUUCCUUUAAUUGAUUACAAGCAUUUGUGUAAGACUUUUAAUUGGUGCUGACAUCCUGCUGAUCUGCACACAGGGUCGUCAAGAGGAUGCGGAGGAGUAUCUCGGCUUCACUCUUAAUGGAUUACACGAAGAGAUGCUGGCAUUGAAAAAACUAAUCUCGCCUCAGGAAGAGAGUAAGCAUUUUUACUUAAAACCGUAUUACGGGCUGAUGAGGUUAUUACAGAUAUGACUUAAUGACUUAAUUCAAGGAAUGUCUUGUACUGUUUUGUUUUUGUGAGUUGAAAUCCACAACAGUCUGCAUAAUCACAUUGCAAUAAAACAAACCAUUCCACUAUAUCAAAGUUUCUCAAGUUAAAAAUGAAACUCUGAUCGUCACCUGGUCAUUGUAGUGUUAGUUUUAUGUAACUUGUAAACAGGCCUGAGACUAAGUAGUUUCAUUUCCCCAGCUCAAGGCUUCUUCAAAAAGUUUUUCUUUUCAUGUUUUGUUCAAACAGAAGCUCCCACGCCCAACGGGCCAGAGUCCCAGCCAGGUGUGGAGGAAGAUGAUGCUGAUAAGGAGGAAGAGGGCAGUGAGGACGAGUGGGAGCAAGUCGGCCCCAGAAACAAGACCUCCAUCACUCGCCAAGCUGACUUUGUGCGCACACCCAUCACUGAUAUUUUUGGUGGACACAUCAGGUAUGUCCACAGAGUCGUCAUGAAGAUGUUUCACAGCGUUUUUGUGUGCAGGGAAAACAUGAAUCCUGCAUUGAAAGGAAGGAUUACUGAGAUGAUUUAUUUGGUGUUUUGUUUAUUUAUUUAUUUAAGAAAAAAAAAGAGUUUCUGAACUUAACUUGGGGCUCAUGACGGCAUCUCAGUCUCAACAAGCCACCACAGUACUGCAGAAUAACAGGCGCAGUGGGCUGAGUGAGGUCAGAAGUCUGGACAGAAAGAUGUGAGGCCCACUUAAACGAAAAAAAGGACUUAACUUUCAGGCAAACUGGAGAAGACCAAAAACCUGUGUGGGUACAGUUUGCCUAAAUAAUAUGUUACAUGAGGUUAUGGUCUGGCCCAGGAUUUUUCUUCACUGACUACUCAGUCUAAGGAUUGUUUUCUCAGAAUUGGUUUGUGUUCUUGGAGUGUGUGUUUACAAAGUGUGGUUUGUAUGCCAGCUGAACUAAAAAAAAAAAGGCCUUGAACUUUUUAAAGCCGCAGUCGUUAAAAGAAUUAUUUUUCCACCGUUAAAGUCUUGUGGCAGAAGUAUCAACCCAUCAGUAUCAACCAGAACACUAGUUUUUAUUUUUAUUUCAGACAUUUGAUUUCACUCAUUGAAAUCAGCAAACUCUUGGAAUACUUUAUAAAAGUGCAGUUGUUUGAUGAAUGAGCCACAUUUGUGUUUUGUAAUUUUACACUUUUGAUAUAUUGAUUGAGAAUGCCACUUAUAUUUCUUUGUGAAAAAUGAUUGAAAUGAUCAAUAUUGGUUUUCAGAUAAGUCAGCGGGUUAAAGUUUUUUCCACGUUACCAUGGGAGCUGUGUUUCUAAAUGGCAGUCUCCCUUCCUAGGCGUGGUACAUCAAGUUCUUGCUUUUAAUCAGACCGUCUCUUGUGAUGCUGCUGUCACUCGAGGCAGGAUUAAAAAAAGAAACAUUUGUUCUGUGGAUUGAAUUCAUGUUCAUAGUGUCUUUUAUUUUGUUAUUCGACCUGUUUGUGUUAUUGUCUUUGGUCAGAUCGGUGGUGUAUCAGCAGAACUCUAAAGAGUCGGCCACUCUGCAGCCUUUCUUCACCCUGCAGCUGGACAUCCAGUCAGAGAAGAUCCGCACUGUCCAGGAGGCUCUAGAAACCCUGGUGGCACGAGAGUCAGUCCAGGGCUACACUUCUAAAACCAAGCAGGAGGUAUGAUGGGAACACAUUGCUGUUUAAUUAAUGAUCAAUAUCCCAUGUCAUUCGAUUACAAAGAGCCUGAGUGAUAUAAAAGCAGCCCUUUGGUGAGUUAUUAUGGCCCAGAGUUAUAUUGUGUUUUGAGUUCUUUGAGGGGACAUCUGCUCUUGAGCUUCACUCGGCUUCUCUGGUUACACAUAAACCUUUGUCUCUGGUCUCUGUCGUCUCAGCACAGUUUGGUCUACAGCCUGGCUGUAGUCUUUUUUUCCCCUCCCCAAAACAAAGCGCUUCAGAAGUCACUGCCUUGAAAGGCUUAUGGAGGUCUAAGAAAUGUUACUUCUUGUUCUGCUCUUGUCCUCGUCCUCUUCCUGCUCUGUUUCGAUGAAUUUAAAGAGUUUGAUUUGGAGUCAGUGUCCUUUUGUAGGAAAAUAUUUGACUUUGACACGUUUCUCCUCUUUUUCUCCUCAUUUUCAGAUUGAGAUCAGUCGGAGGGUCACUCUUGAAGAGCUUCCCCCUGUGCUGGUGCUCCAUCUCAAGAGAUUUGUUUUUGAAAAGACUGGAGGCUGCCAGAAACUGACCAAGAACAUUGAUUAUCCUGUUGACUUGGAAAUCAGCAAAGGUCUGGAUACAUAAUUUACAGAGCAUUGUGUGCCUUAAAUGCAACCCACUGAAUCUUGGUUAACACAUAUUACACUGUUGUUCAUGCUAGUAUCCUAACUUUGUGUUUUCACAAUCCAAAAGACCUUCAUUUAGACUUUUUAUAUUCAAAACAAAGUUGUGUUUUUCUGUCUUCAGGAAAAUGAUCAGUUCAGUUUAAGUUUGAUGCAUGAAAUGACCUAAAAUUACAGAUACUUUCCAAAUCCUUAACAGAUGUUGCUCAAGCAUUAAAGGUCCAGGUUUACUUAGAGAUGAAUUACAACCCUGAAAUCAUUACAAAUCCAUUAACUUUUUAUCCAGCAUGAGUUGUAGAUUAGUUAAAUUUCUUAAGGAAAGCUUCUAGACUUGCAGCUUGUUUUUCAGAUAAAUCAUUUAAAUGCUUUUGGUUUUUUUUCUGUCACAUUAGAAAAAAACAGCUUUGGUGGAUUGUGAAAAGUUCAGACAAUGCCUCUAAAUGACUUUUGUGCUCCUGCUGUUAGAUUUACACUUCAGAUAACUACGGCAGAAUAUAACGUGUCGCAAUACAAACUGCAUUCAAUUAUGAUUAAAGCAAUGCCUCGUAACUUCUUGGUCUAAUUAGUGGAUUUUAUAACCUUGAUUUUCUUUCAGAUCUUUUGUCCUCUGGAGUGCGAAGCAAAGUUGUGAAAGGCCAAAGAACUUACAGGCUCUUUGCAGGUGUGUUUGGCUUUUUUUUUUUUGACCCAAGAAAACAGAAAUAUUUCAUGAACAUUAUCGCCUGUUGAAAAACUAUCCUUUCAUGAAUUCAGAUCAAAUUUUCCACUGUCAAGUAAAUACAUGUAUGAAGACACCAUUUAGAUGUGACUUAGCUGUAUCGAUUAAUCAAUUGAGGUAUAGAAUAACUACAAAACAAUUGAUCACUGUUUUGACUUCUCUUGGUUAAAGUCAUCACCCAAACCUAUUUCUCUAAUGUCUUGUUUUCUCCCGUGUCCUGUCUGAACCAGUUGUCUAUCACCAUGGGAACAGUGCGACGGGCGGUCAUUACACCACAGAUGUCUUCCACAUCGGUCUUAACGGCUGGCUGCGCAUUGAUGACCAGAUAGUGAAGGUCAUCAGCCAGUACCACGUGGUGAAGCAGACAGCAGAGCGCACCGCCUACCUGCUGUACUACCGCCGCGUCGACCUGCUGUAGAGACACACACUCAUUCUGACACACAAACACACACACGCGCACACACAGACCUACACCCACAUUAAUGCAAGAAUACCUGAAUACAUUCGCAAACGCACACAAAACAUACACGCUCCAAAUGCACUUGUUGACAGUACAGUACAUCUCCACAUGACACAAACACACCAAACUAAUGAACAGGAACACUGCCCAACUUGUUCUCUUGCAAGAUUUUCCUCUUCUUCCCUCCUGUCCCUGCUUUCCUGAGAACCAGCUUUUCCAACACCUUUUUCCUUGUAUCUUUUUUCCUUUUUGGAAGAAGAGAAACAAGCUGCAUUCACAAAGAUUUCCCUGUGACUGCGCUCUCUUCUUUGUGCACCACUGCUGUUUUUUCGUUCGUCCCUUUUUGUUUAACUUUCAAAGCAACAAGGAAUGACUGUUGAAUAGACAGAGGUAGGGUUGGGGUUACAAGUUUUCGGACCUAAGACUCAGCCCUGCUUGAGCCCACAGCUCCACAGCUCGGCUCAGAUAGCAAACAGUGGACUCGCAAACAGGAAGAACUAUCCGCCACAGGCUGCAAGUGGACCGCUGGCGCAAUUUUGUUUGAGUUACCUUUUCAAGGAAGUAACCCAGAAAUAUCAGUGUUUGCCUUUCAAGCAAAGGAGAACUGUUGGCCUAAAGAAUUUGCAGCCGAUAUAAAGCCUGAUUGAGUUUGCCCAUGUGCAUUGAGAAGGCCCAGCACCAGCAUUAUCAUGAGUGUCUCCUCCCAAAGGCCAGAUCUUCGUCUUCUCUGCCACCAAACCAACAACUUCUUCUCCUCCUCCAUUUCCUCACUUUUAUGAUACUUUAAAAUCUAGGUACAACUUGAGCCAUCAAAAACGGGGAAAAAAAAAAAAGCCGGUGGUACAUUGAAUGGAUUGAACUGCUUCCUUGUUUGAGAGAUUCUUGUUCUGGUAUCUGGGUUUAGAUAUAGAAAGACUAUCUAAAAAAAAAAAAGAAAUAUUAAUGCGCUUUAGAAUUUAAUAACAAAUAUGCUUCUGUGCACAAAGUAUAAACUGAUUGAUGAUUACAAUAUGACAGGCAAAUGCAUAUUUUGCAGAUGUUUAGAUUAAAAUGUAAAAAAAAAAAAAAAAAAAAAAACUAAAAAUAUAAAAUCUAGCUGACUGAAAACUUGUUUGGGUCCUAAAGGACUGUGCUAGUUUUUGACUCAGUUGCACUGGAGAGAUGGCUACCAAUCCAGACAGAAUCCACUGCAAAACCUGCCCAUGUUUACUUUGUACAUUUCCUUCUCUAUCCAUUCAUGAUUUUUGUCUUUAUUUGUCAAAAGGUUCCACCUGUGUAAAGGUGGGUUAGCAGUGUAGUUUUGAGCCACACACCCCUCUUACCCCCAACUCAGCAGAAAGCGGGGGCUGCCUUAGGUUCAAUGUGUGAUGUUUUUCCACUCAGCGUACUAAGUCUAACCCUUAUCAGGCGCCAACAGCAAGUCUAAUGUCUGUGAAGAGUUAGGGGAAUGUACCUGACAUCGAUGUAUUUACUCCUUUGUGGCUCUGUUACCUCCCAGUUGAGGGAAACUGAGCGAUGAGGGGAAGUGGGACUACACCUGUGCUAUGCUCUAAAUAAAAAAACAAAAAAGACCCCGGACAUAUGCACAAAAAGGAGAUAGUGUUUGCUUUUGUUGAAGAUAUUAAUUUUUGGAUCAUUCAUUGAUUGUGAUGAUUUUUGUUUGAGUUACUAAACAAUGUUAGCUUUUUUUCUGUCAUUGAUCAUUUAUCAGAUGUCCCCAUGUUCUUGCCCCCCACAGAAAAAAAAUGCUUGCAUUUGGAAUUGGUGUUUUGAAAAGAAAUUACACAGGCUAAAGCACAACAAUGAAUAAAAUAUAACUAGUGUCUUUGCUUGAUAUUUAUUUUUCAUUUCUUCAUUCUCUCUUUUUUGUUUUGUUUUUUCUUUUUUUUGCUUUUAACUCAUUUCAUUCCAACCAUCAGUGUCUGAUUCUCAGUAUUAAUACACAACAAAUUAGAAUCAGAUCAAGUAUUUUUACAUGACUUAGGCUUUUCUACUUUGAUCUUUAAACAAAAAAGCCCCCUUUAGGUCCCAAACAGACCCUCUCUUCAUUCUUUUCCAGCAAUUCAAGUGUUACACAGGUGAGGUGGUGGUUUUCUCACCUUUGCCUGUGAUAGAGCAAAGAAAAACAGCUCUUGUGUUUUAGCAGCGCCAAUCAUUCUGAAUGCUAAUAAUUACAUUGACCCUUAUGGGUGUGGGUUGUGAGUUCAUUAAAACCGUUCGCAUUAAGUCUUUCAAUUUGAAAUUAAAUUUAAGUCUGGAUUUGACAAAAAUGGCACUUUUGAUUUAAAGUGGUUUGAUGCUUUCGACUACAUUUUGUGGUGCACAGCCUCAAUUGACUUUUUCUUCUUCUGGGUUUGAGUUCAGAAAGCUUCCCCAGAUAAACCAAAGGACAACAUUACACGGGCCCUGCUGCCUUUCUGUCAGUACAUAUAUAUAUAUAUAUAUUCACACUUCAUUUUGCCUUUUCCAUCGGAGGUCUUGUAUCCCUGUCCACCACUCAUUCCACACAGAUAACAGAGGCAUGCCAUUUAGACAGUCACUUUACCUCCAUCAGCCAUCACCUUAUGGUAGUUCUGUUGUGCUGCAGGCUUUGUAGUCAUUUCUGCACAGAUUAAUAAUUUCAUUUUUCUUUCUUUUCUCUUCAGAAUGUUUGACAGUUGGGACUUUGAACAGACACCUUUCUGUUGUAUAGUUUUCUCUGUCUGUCACCGCUGGUCAGGAAAUGUGCUGGUGAAAUGCUUCAAUAAUGUCUCUCUUUUCAGUAUGUGCUCCUAACACUAUUGUCUGCUGGGAAAUGUUGGGAUAUUGAACUACAAACAAAAAUCUAUACUGUCUUUUAAUUUUAAGCCUCCAGCAUUCUAUUUUGUUAAUUGUUCAAAUAAAAGAUUGUGCAAAAAGCAGUUUGCUAACCGAGUGUAGUCAGAAGACUACUUGGCUUUCUUAUAAUACAGUAUAUACUGAACCAUUUGCAGUCUUUGGACUGGCCUACAGAACAAUGUGCACAAUAAAACAAAAAACUAUCCACAGAGUCUUGGUCUACCACACACUGCUAAUUGCUCUCUUGUUCCUGCAUGUCAACAUAUACUAUGUGUAAUAUUUGCACUAUGCUACAACCCGCCUUGUGUGGUUGAGCUGGCUGCCUUGGUGCCCACACUGCUCUCUUUAAGGCCCUGCCUCUGUUUGCUUUAAUGGAAAGCAGACCCAUCAUUGAAAAAUUUGCUCGGUAAGGUUUUUCAGCCCUUCAGGAUUUCUUUCUAUUUAUUCCUUCUUUACUGUAGCUCCGCUCUCCACUGAAAUGUGGUUUUUCUCUAAAACUUACAAUCAAGUAUUUUCCCUGUUAAUGUCAAAAAGCACUACAAGAACUUUUUUUUUCUUUUUUUUUUUCGGGCCUGCAGCCUGAAGGGCAAAUUACAUGUUUGGACACCCACUUACAGACCACCUAUAGUCUCAAGUGUCCGCUUUAGCCAUGCUUGAGGAAUGAUGGUGUAUGCAUGCUUGUUAGCUCACCCAGUGGGACUUUUUAAGGCUUUGAGUGGUUUGUUGAAAAUGUGUUGGACAUAUUUUUCAACAAAAGCCUGUAAUUUCAUUGGUUACACUGUUGUGCCAUGUACUGAAGAAACACAAUGGUGCUCAUCCCACAUGUAGUUUUUCUGUAAUAUGAGCAUAUCAUUGUGUGUUUCAGAUAAAGUGCCAGGGAUGAAAAUACUUCAGAGGGGGUUGUGAGUGAACCAAACUUGAGUUCCCUCUUUGGAACAACAAGGUCAAAGCACCUAUUAGAAAAAUGCUAUCGAUGGAGACAAGAAUUUACAGUCAAAAUUAGCUGAUUGAUGCAAGUUUAAGAUAGAAGCCAUGAUGAAGUCGAUUGUUAUGCCUGUUGUGUCUUGCUAGAAGUAUUUUUUUAAUCAUUUGGAAGUAUUACUUUUGGGCUUUUAUGGCUUUGUUGAGAGACACAGAAAGAGGACAGUGGAUGAAGCAUAAAUCUGGGAAGAAUGGCUUGAGGAGGACUUGGCAAAAGACAACAGGUUGGAAUUGAACCUGGACCACCUGGAUCAAAUACACAGAUAUUAAAGCCUCUGUACAUUAGCUGUGUAACAGAACCUCUAAGCUAAAUCCCUUGCUGGCAGCUUUAAAGCUACCUAAAAGCUUGUGGGCAGCACCUGCUAGUGGUGCAUUAGGGCUGAAUGAAUGGGAUUAGUUAAAACUGAUGUGUACUUUAAAGAGCAACCUCUGCAAACAGUUACUAAAUAGAUGAACGCGACAUGAAAUGUAAACGUGCUUUGAACUUUUCUUUCCAAGUAAGUAGUUUGUACCCUAAAGCCAUCGAAGCAGACACUGCAAGGGUCAUGGUAUAAUUUUGAUGCAGCUUCAUUUGAAUAUCUUCUUAGUAGGCCUGGUCGAUAUGUGAAAAAAUUUAUCACUAUAUAUUUUUUUUCAUAUCGGUCGAUAACGAUAUAUAUCACGAUACAAAGAAUGAAAUUUAACAGUGCUUAUUGGUAGCAUGUCUUUUGCAAUACAAUAAGUUACUGCAUCUGUGAGGUCUUUGUGUUUCUUUGACGCUUUGUCGUAAGACGCUGCGCUAGAGAAAGUGGAAUAGUCAGCUGUCUCGGCUGCACAGACGCCAUGGGCUCCUUGCUUCGCUCGGGGUUUGUAACCUUUUGCAUUGUGUGUGCUCUGCUGUGUGGCACUGCUUCAGGUGGUGAAAAAGAGUUGAGGUAUUCCCUGACUUUGUGGGAACAUCGACUCCACAUAAUUUGCAGUGCACAUUACUCUGCUUCAUGUCCUACCUCAAAAACAAACAAAAAUACCCCCACAUCACCGACAUUUUCAUGCCAGUGUUGUCUUGUUGUCGUGUUAAAGUGCUAUGGUUGCGUGUAGCUGCAGUCUGCUACUACGCAGUUGUUUACUACUUGGUUCUAACUCAGCACAUGAUUGGUUCAGUGCGGCGCAACCUGGAGCAACUCCCCAUUUCAUUGGCUAUUUUUAUAGUUUACAUAACAUGGCAGAAUGCCGACUAUCAAAAAGCAUAUUAACCAAGUUUUAUAUCAAUAUCGAGGGAGUUUCAUUUUCGAUAUAUAUCGUCAUCGUUUUAUCCCCCAGCCCUACUUCUUAGUCCUGUUUGAACAAAGAGGAAUGUGAAAACUGAGGAUAUACAACUAGAACACAAAUGGUAUAUAUUCUCUUAGCUGAACCUUACAGGCUGUCACACUGACA